GUCAUGGCUUCUCCCAACCCCUGGGACCCGGCACCGGCGCCAAACGGUGCUGGGCUACUGUUGAGCCACUUCGUAGCUUCAGGGAUAGUCACUCAGGAGAUGUUAAAUAUACCUAAGAAAACAGCUCCUUGUUUUAUGAACUUCUCCAAACUACAGCAGAUCACAAAUAUGCAAGCUGAAAUCUACCAGAAAAACCUGGAAAUUGAACUCCUGAAACUAGCAAAGGAUACAGCAGAUAUUGUUCAUCCUUUCUUUUUGGCUCAGAAGUGUCAAACUCUGCAAAGCAUGAAUAAUCAUUUGGAAGCAGUGCUAAAAGAGAAGAGGUCCCUCAGGCAAAGACUAUUGAAACCCAUGUGCCAGGAAAACUUACCUAUUGAAGCUGUUUAUCACAGACCAAGGCUUUCGCAAAGAUGGAUAUUUUGGUGACUGAGACAGAAGAACUAGUAGAGAAUAUACUCAAGUGGCGAAAACAACAAAAUGAAGUUUCUUCUUAUA